CGGUGGUGGGGAAGCUUCUCUCGCGGAAAGCCAGGCCCGCUCUUGGCGCCGAAGGGAGCUGCUGCCUGGCCGUGUUUUUAAUGCUGCGCUCCACGAUGCGGGGGCGUCUGUUUAUGGGCAGGUCGGAAGAAGGGAAAGGCGAGCAAAUCUUACAAAGUUCCUUCACGGAGCGAUCUGCUGCCAGACGCCUAGAGCAAAAAGGGAGGGCGGGGCAAGGCUGGCCGCAGGGCAAUUGGUAGGAAAGGAAGGGCAGAUAAGCUUUUUUUAAGCCCGAGGAGCUGGAAGAUUUUGAGGCCUAACAAAUCUGAAGGGGCUGUCUGGAUAGUGCUAUAUUUGGGCCUCGCGGAUAUUCGCGUAUUUGGCGGCGGACUCGCAGUGGGGUGGCACGCCCCCCCCCUUUGAAAUUUGUCAAAAAGCAUGCGUGUCUUUUAGUGUGAGGUUAAUCGCGCAUGGGUUUUUCCCCCCCAACAAUAACUUUGUGGUGAUUAGAGUUUAUGUAGGCCCUUCUCUGGGUUUUGGGGCUUUAUUUUGCAAACGGGGUACACUAGGUUGGAUCAUACACGUGUUAAUGAUAUACAUUAUGCAACAAUUAGUAGGAUUAGUUUAGUACUGCAGUACAUUUUGUGUGAACCCUGAUAUUUUUUUGUAACACAGAAAGUUUGGAAGAUGCCAGGAAUAAUUGCAGAAGAAGUUUCUGGAGCUUGUGAUCGUUUGACUACUGAUAUCAUAAGUACAUCUUCUCCUGGAAGCUUUGAUGCAGAGAGUCCAUGUAAUGCUGCGGUCAAACCUAAGUGCCAAAAAUUCAGUGUAGUAGCUGUUGUAAUUGCAGCUUUGAUCGUUGUUACAAUUUCAGUGGCUGUUUAUAGAACAAAAAUGUGUCUGCCUUGCCUUUCCAUUGUAAAUGCUGCCUGCCCUGAUUUCUGGAUUGGAUAUAGAGGAAAAUGUUUCUACAUAUCAAAAGAAGAAAAGAAUUGGACUCUCAGUUUAAAGACCUGCUCUUCAUUUAAUGCAUCCUUGGCUGUGAUUGAUACACAGAAGGAAUUGGAUUUUUGGGUGGAAAUUUUCCAUCCCUUUCAUUAUUGGUUUGGUCUCUCAAGAGAAAUUAAUCAGGUCUGGAAAUGGUUCAAUGGCACAGAGUUUAAACACCAGUUUGCAGUGCGAGGAGAAGGUUUCUGUGCUUAUGUAGAUGGAAAAGGAGCCAGUAGUACCAUAUGCUCCAUGGAGAAACAUUUUCUCUGCAGCCGUCCAGAAAGUUGUAGCAAGCCCGGAUAAUGCAACCUCAUAAAAAAAAAAAGGGAGCCCCUGGCUUGACCAGAGUUUAUUGAAGAAGCACGUUUGUGAGUAGUAUCUCCUAUCACACCCAGUUUUGCUAGUUGCCACAUAGAUUUGAGUUGUAAAUCUGAGGAUCCAUCUUGAAAUCCUAGCUUAACAAAGUUGCUCUGUUCCUCCUCUGGGUCUAGUACAAGUCGCCAUGGCUGACUUGCCCCAGCCGACUCACUGCAGGACAAUUCAGCACAAGAUAACUCAAGGGAAUUGCAGCAGGCCUCGUCUUCCUCUAGGUUUGAAUCUUCUCAAGGUAGAAAUCUUUAUUAUGACCCAGGACGGGGCACAUAAGUAACACUGGUGAACGCGAAGGCUUGAAUUCCUUUGAUUGAAC